CAGUCAGAGACGGAGAAAGCGGACGGGGAGCCUCGGUAUCUGCUGAUGAUGAGGAGGGAGAGUGACAACAUGUAGGCGACGGACAUGGUCACUGAAAACGGGCUGCCAUGAGCUUUUGUUUCCGCUUCAUGACGGUACAGUAUCGGCGAGCUAAUACCAUCUCCGCCCGUUACUCCGUUAGGAUUUAUCCUCCUCAGAGUUAGAGCAGUUCUCCGUGCUCAUUUGAUGUCAUCAUGGAAGGCCAUUAUGUCACCAUUCAUGGCCUCAACGUUACCCACAAUGCUCUGUCCACCCCAGCCAUGUCCAUCGACAGGCUCUUUCCUGCUUUGCUGGAGUGUUUCGGGAUCAUCCUGUGCGGUUACGUGGCCGGCCGAAUCGGGGUCAUCGGAGCCGGUCAGGUGAAAGGCCUGGGCAGUUUUGUGUCCUGCUUCGCUCUUCCUGCCCUCCUUUUUAAGAACAUGGUGCAACUCCAGUUUGCGGACGUGGUGUGGUCAUUCCUGUGGAGUGUGUUGAUCGCGAAGGUGUGUGUGUUUGUGCUGGUGUGUACUCUCACGCUGCUGGUGGCCGAUCCAGAAAGCAAAUACAGUAAAGCGGGGCUGUUCUCCAUCUUCGCCACUCAGAGUAAUGACUUCGCUCUGGGAUAUCCCAUAGUGGAUGCUCUGUACCGGAGUUCCCACCCAGACUAUGGGCAGUACCUGUAUUUAGUGGCUCCAGUGUCUCUAAUGCUGCUGAACCCAGUGGGCUUUGCCCUGUGUGAGCUCCAAUGCUGGAGGCAAAGCCCGGACCACAACCACAGCAAACUGCACAUCAUCGCCACCGUUCUGCUACGGGUCAUUAAGAAUCCUAUCGUCUUUAUGGUCAUGGUUGGGAUUAUCUGUCACUUCCUGUUUGGUGGGCAUGUCCCUGCAUUGCUAGGGGAGUUUGUGGAUGGAUUGGCUGACUCAUUCGGGGGGGCUGCGCUCUUUUACCUGGGAUUGACGAUGGUGGGACAGAUGCACAAACUCAACCGCUCCACUGGAGUCACCCUCAUACUGCUCAUCACAGCUAAACUGUUGAUGAUGCCGUUGAUGUGUAAGGACAUGUUGGAGCUGUUGGACGCAGGUAACUCUGGAAACAGAUCUGCAAACCACAGCAGUCUGUCUGAUUAUGCCUUCCUCUAUGGGGUCUUCCCCACCGCUCCCAGCGUGGCCAUCUAUGCUGGACAGUACAACAUGCAGCUGGAGGUGGUGACUUCCGGCAUGGUCAUCAGCACCUUACUGUCUGCGCCCAUCAUGUACCUGUCUGCAUGGUUACUGACCAUUCCCUGGAUGGAGGCUAGACACCUAAUCUCAGAGUUACAGGAGGUCAGCUUCAACAUCAGCAUCAUCAGCCUCAUCGCCCUGGUGUGGACUAUUGCUGUCAUGCUGCUCAGCAAGAAGUUCAAGAGACUGCCUCAUAUGUUUGCAACAAACCUUUUCCUCGCUCAGCUGUUGGUGUGUGUGUCGAUGGUCUUGUGGAAGUUUGUGGUUCAUCAGGACAACAUGCUGGCACAGAUCCUCACCUUCACACUGCUGUAUGGAUCUCUUUACAGCACCUAUCUGUGGACAGGUCUGUUAGCGUUUGCGCUGACUCUGCUGAAGAAGAACGAAAAGCUCAAAGUUCGACCCAUCAUCUUCAUCCUCCUGGGCUGGGGGGUUCCAUUUCUUAUUGUGGGAUUGCUGCUUGUUGUGGGUGAAAGAGAGAGUAAAACAACUGACUCCGCCUUCUUCUACGGCAAGUGGCAAAUUGUGAGCAGUUUGGGGGUAUUGAGCUGUGGUAUAUUGUUGGGUGGGGUGUCUCUCAUGGGGCUGAGUCAGAGUACUCAGGAAGAGCAGAGUUACCAGGCUUUGGAGCAGAGCUCCAUGUCUGGCACCACAGAGGACCUGAGGGACCCCCCACAGCCAGAGAACCAGAACUCAUCCGAGAGGGCAACAUCACAUGGGAGUCUGAAUAGAGAUCAUAGUGACCCCAUGCCUGAUAUGAUAUCUGACCGUCUGAAUGACUCACCAGCACCACCGUCAGGUGCAGCUCUGUGUGAAACUUCGAGCUGUGUACGGACGCAGGAGGAGAGGCAGGUGGCUCGGCAUGUGUUGCUCUGUUUGCUGCUCAUCGUCAGCCUGCUAGCAAACCUGUCCAGCUGUCUCUGGUGGCUUUUAAAUACUGAUCCUGGACGACUGUAUCUCGAGCUGCAGUUCUUCUGUGCUGUGACCAAUUAUGGACAGGGUUUCAUUUCAUUUGGAAUAUUUGGGCUGGAUGAGCAUCUCAUCAUUUUACCAUUUAAAAAGAGGCUGGCAGCAUUUUGUGGUGGCAGUCAGGAGGAAAGCUGUGGUCCAGCUGCUGUUCCUGAGGAGAUCCGACUGACCUGCACCCAGUUCGUUCGCUACCACAAAAAUCAGUGUGUGCAGGACAUUGUGCGCAAGAGUGGAUCAACUGAAUCUCUCUCAGGUCCGGUGGGUGAAUCCUUGCUUUGAUUGACAGGUGUGCUGUUUUUUUGCUGGACAGCAAGCUGACUGAUUGGCUGGUGUGGGUGGGUAUAAUCAAAAAUAGAGGUUUGGACUCGUUUGAUGACUCAGUUGCAGCAGGGAGUUAUCCAGCAUGUCAUAUCGCAGCUGUAUUUCUGUGAUGACAACCAUUGCUUUUGCUUCUUGGACGAUGGAAUCAGAACAACCUGAACCCACUGAGCAGAACUUGACUGUGAAUCAAACUGAGCUGUUUUGUCUACCACUGGAAAUUGUGCUACUUGAAUUCUGUCGCAUGGCAUGCCAAACUUUAGGGGGAAUCAGGUCUCUCUCCGUGUCUUCUUUCAUUAAAACCCUUUUCACCAAGUGUGCAGAGGGCUACUGCAGAGCACAGACUGAAUGGGAUUCAACACAUGGGAAUGAAUAUUUAACUGUUUCCGCAUGCCAAGUGCUCUUUACAUUGUGUGAACAGUUCAUGACCAAAGGACAAAUUAGAAUGGUCCAUGUUUACCUGGAAUAAAAUCUCAUACAUUAAAGUUAAAAGCCUUCUAAUAACCCCUUACAAAGUUACAAAGGAGAAUAGAGGUUUUGUUAUGAGAGUGACCGUAUCUUCACUUAAAGGGAUGCUCUGGGCAGACUAGAAAAACCCUUUCUGAUGAUUUUGAUUAUAUCUUAAAGGUGGAAGGAAAUUUUGCUUUGGGGUGGAUUUUUAAGGGCAGGCUGUUUUUUUUAUACUAUCUAUCAAAUGUAGUAAGAUGCUACAUUUGUCUAAGUGAAUUAGUUAACAUGUCUAAGUGAACAUUAAUUAACACAUGCUCUACAGAGAACACACUUCUGCACAUUUUAAAGCAUCAUAACGGUUUACAAUUAUUAAUGAUGAAGGGCACCUCAGUGGUGUUUCACUGCAUGGAUGGGUUAGAUCGUGGAGGUGAAAUUUCCCCAUUGUGGGACUAAUAAUAAUAAACACCACAUGCACACCAGUGAAGACACACUAGGGGCAGUGAACACACUUGCCC